UAUACUCGACCUUCUCCUCGGAUUACUGCUUGGGGAGAUGAUGAAGUAUUGGACAGGAAACGAAGAUUGAAAAAACUUGGUGGAUAUGCAAAUGAGAAUCUCAAAAUAUGGGUGAUAGAAAAUGAGAUAAGGGAUUGCGUUGAUGGAAAUGCAACGACAAUGACGAGUGAGAAUGAGGACGAUGAGAAAUUUGUAAUCAAUCUAAACAAAGAUGUUAUUAAACGAGUUGAUGGUGGGAACUUAAUGGAGAUGGAUAAAACCUUUCAACAAUUAAAGACACAUCUAAUUGAUAUGGCUUAUGGUGCAAGUAGUAGUAGUUGUGAUCAAAUUUUGGCUAAAUUUGAGGAGAAUUAUACUACAGUCAAAGGUCUCUUCCUUAGGUCAAGCGGAAAACCUUUGAGAAUGCAUGAGGAAGGAACGAAGAAUGACAUGCUCUCAUGCAAGAGAAGUUUGGAAGAUACGAACAAUAUGAAUGUGAAUGAACAUUAUCUUCACACUUUGUCAAAUGAGAAGUUAUGCACCGAGGACUUGAAUGAAAAGAAUGAAGAUGCAUGUGCUACAUCAAUUGAAGUGCAUAUCAUUCCAGACGAAAAUCAAAAUAUUUUACCACUUCCAAUCAAAAAGAGUAAAAGCGAUUAUGGAAAGGUAUGUAUCAUAUAA